CACGAACAAGUGCAGCAUCGUCACAGAGGAGGGCGACGGCUCCACCAGGAAGGCUGCUGUUCAGCUCAGCGACGGCUUCGGCGACGUCUUGCGGCUUUUGUUGCUGCAGCUGCAGAGAGAUGGCAAGCUAAAAAAGGCUGACGUCGUCGCUGUCCCUGCCACACAUGCGGAGUACGUCGGUCCGCCUAUGUACCCAGCUCUCUCCAUUGUUCCUAAGGAUCUCGACAACGGUCACUUAAAGGUGGAUGACAUCCUGCGAGUCGGACAUAGGUGGACAAAUGUUCGCGCUAUCAGAGGCUUACAGGGCAUGGACUCGGACAAGCUGCUGCGGGUUUUGGCCCCUCACCUGCCGCACCUCGAAGAGCUCCAUAUAAAGGGUGAAGUUGUACCGGGGGUCAUGGAGGUGGUUGAAAAACUCUCUUCUUUGAAACGACUACACGUGCAGUUUGACUACGACUCAGAGUACCCAGACCUGCCGCUUCAGCUCGAGGAGCUAUCCAUAAGGAAUGUAAAUGAUGAUCAGCUGGAACAUGUGAUGAGCAUGCCCAAUCUGCGCAGUCUGUACGUAAGAUCUUACGAGGGUCCAAGUUUGACCUUCCCCCCCUCUAAGUACGGGAAGCUGCUGUGGCUGCGCGUCGCCUUUGAUUCAACCAACAAGUCAACCAUGAUGUCCCUCGUCCGUGCCUUCGCAUCGUCUCUGCAGACGCUCCAGCUUUACUGCCCUGUCAACGACAAGACGAAAUAUAAUCCAGACUACUACCAUUCAGAUCUGGGUGAGAUCCUGGCGUCGUGCGAUCUGCAGGCCCUCAGGCGGCUCGUCCUUGAACGUCCAUUCAAAGAUAUUCCGUGCUCAGAGAUGGCUGCCUGCUUGCUGCAACAACGGACCAUUCGGAGCUACUUUCCCUCGUCUGUGGAAGUGGUUUGCGGCUCGUGUCAUACACACCCUGUCCUGUCCUAGCGUUGAAGUCUCGAUUGAGAUUGAAGCCACGAUGUAAGCCGGAGCCUCUGUCCUCCCACCACCACCACAUGAUGACGGUGGAGACGUCGAGUGGUUUCAAGGAUCGAGAGAGCGAAGCGGGAGCGCGCUCGUUUGGCACCCCUAAAUUUGAUGUAUAAAGAUACGUAAACAUGUUUUAUUAAUUAUUAAAGCGUAUCUGUGGUUAAUGUUAUGUUGUAAUUAUCAACCAAAAAUUAUUAAAACUUUUCCGAUGCAUUUGUA